UUUCAUAUAUUGCGCAAUUUGAUAACGAGAAUGUUAUAUAGUUUGGAGAAAAAAAGAGUGCGCAGUUGUUAGCUGUGUUCUACGACUACACAUAAGAAGAAAAUUAUGGAAAGAUUCGUUUUAGGGAAUAAAAUACUCGGAAAAUCUGUCGAUAAUAAUGAAUGUAAGAAUAUUGCAAACCGGCCUAUAGAUACACAACGCGAAAACGAUUUAAGAAAAAAAUUAAAAAAUAGAAUUGAAACAAAUACUAUAUUUUGUAGUUUUGAGCUUACACGUGUAAAGAAUAAUGAUUUUUACAAAAGCUUUUUUAUAGAAAUGGAUAAGUAUCGUCCUCUUUUUUAUGCGUUGACAUGGCAUACGAAAAAUGAAGUAAACGAUUCUUUAUAUUUAGACAUAUUUAAUAUAGUUUCGAACAACACACUUAUACAUCUUAUAGCUAAUAACUUAACUCGUGCUGAUGUGCGAUUUAUUCUAAAGAAAGCUUUCGAUUAUGGUAUACGUAAUAUUUUUGUAUUAAGAGGAGAUUCUACAAAUACAAGCAGCGAUUUUCCAUAUGCAGUUGACUUAGUACGUUUUAUAAGAAAUCAAUUUGGUGAUAUAUUUUGUAUAUGUGUUGCUGGUUAUCCAGAAAUGCAUCUAGAAUCACCAUCUAAAGAAAUGGAUUUGUUUUAUUUAAAAGAAAAAGUGGAUAAACAUGACCAAUUAAUUCCUUAA